AUGCCUCCACGCAGAAAAAAGAGAGCGUCCCCGACUAAGAGUACGUUUAGCCCGUGGAAGGAUCCGGUCUCCACGCCGUACAAGAUAAUCGUAUCACGACACAAGACAACAGGGAGAGACGUCGAAAUGCACGGGGAGAGUGAGCCUACGAUUUACAGAGCGAUCGACCUGUGUUUGAACUACCAGGCCUUGAGCCAGUCGGAGAAGAUAUCAUCGACUGGACGAUACCUCAGUAUAGGCCCUCAGGGCCCGAUCUUUUCUCAUGGUAAACCAAGCCCUGCCGUUAUUGAUUUGUCUGGCAUUGCACAACAUAUAAAGUCUACGCCGCGCACACGAGCUUCGGUUCAGCUCAGGGACGACGAUCCAGACUCAAGUUCAAGUGCUAACUCAUCAGUUCCAUAUCUCUCAUCUUCCGAUGACCCACCUUCCGAUGACGAAGGUGGCGAGGAAGAUCACGAAUACGACGAAGAACAAGAAGGCGGCGAAUACGAUGAAGAACAAGAAGAAGACGACGAAUUCAUAUCCUCUUUUGGAGGUACAUCCACGAAUCCUUCAGCUCCUAUAUCACAACCCCCCUCGUCUGUGCGCUACGUCGACUUCAAUAUCUACGUCAACAUCAUCAAUGACUCGACCCCGGGUGUCAUCGCUUGCACCGUGGAAGUCAAGUCUUUCCCGUUCGAUAAGAUCGCUGCGGGUAUGACAGUCGUAGAAGCCAUUCAGCAGGCCAUGAAAGAUAUGCUUCCGCAGGUCAUCCAGCAGGUUCAGUUUGCAUUCCAUCAGUUCUCUGGUCUCCAAGAGAUGCAUGCCUUGCUCUUUGUCGGCUUGUACUGCAAAUUCCUUAGGUUCAAGCGCUCUAAAGUCCCCCCCUUGCCUGAUAUUGACGACAUUCCUGAAAAUGGAUUCAAAUUUGAUGAGACCGAGCAACACAGGAAGAUGAAGGAUCUGGCAGAACCCGGUACCCGCGACCAUUGGUUCCGUCUAUUUGCUGGAGAUGAUUACCAUCCGGCGUUCAAGAGGGGAAUGAACCGCGUCGUCCGAUUCGCAGCCAACAUACCCUUGCCUCAACAACAGGAGUAG